GUCAUCAGACAAACUACAGGCUGUGUUGUUUUCCGUACAUGCAAGCUGCUGGCAGAAGAAGGAGAAGUAAGAGGAAGUCACUGGAGUAGAGAGAGGAAACAGUCAAUGUGUAAAGGAAGCAGCAAGCCAUGGGCGCAUAGGGAGUAUCAAUGAAUAUCUGAAUCAUUGAAGCAGAUCUUAAGCGGAGGGAUCUGCGUUGGUUUUAUACCUCUGGAUCCAGUGAGAUUUUGUGUGGAGGAGUAUCGACUGUGAGCUACCGUCUUUGGCUGCGAGGAGGAAAAUGAAGCACGCUCUCUCAUGGUAGUAAAAGUGAUGGAGCCCAUGACGGUGACGACGUCGGUAGUCGGACCAGAGGAGUUCGACCGCAAUGCCCCGCGGAUCUGUGGUGUGUGCGGCGAUAAGGCCACCGGCUUCCACUUCAACGCCAUGACUUGCGAAGGCUGCAAGGGAUUCUUUAGGCGCAGCAUGAAGCGCAAAGCCUCUUUCACCUGCCCGUUCAACGGGAGCUGCACCAUCACAAAGGACAACCGGCGCCACUGCCAGGCCUGCCGCCUCAAACGCUGCGUUGACAUCGGCAUGAUGAAAGAGUUCAUCCUGACGGACGAGGAAGUUCAGAGGAAGAAGGACAUGAUCGUAAAGAGGAAAGAGGAGGAGGCGGCCCGGGAGGCGAUGAGGCCUCGUCUGAACGACGAGCAGACCCGGAUCAUCUCCUCCCUGGUGGAAGCUCAUCACAAGACCUACGAUGCCUCCUAUUCGGACUUCUCCCGCUUCAGGCCUCCGGUGCGUGAAGGCCCAGUAACGCGCAGCGCCAGCAGAGCCGCCUCCCUUCAGUCUCUGUCUGACGCCUCCUCUGACUCAUUCAACCACUCACCCGAGUCUGUGGACACCAAGAUGAACUUCAGCAACCUGUUAAUGAUGUACCAGGACGGGGCGAGCAGUCCAGACUCCAGCGAGGAGGACACCAAGCUCUCCAUGCUGCCCCACCUGGCGGACCUAGUCUCGUACAGCAUCCAGAAGGUCAUCGGCUUUGCAAAGAUGAUCCCCGGCUUCAGAGAUCUGACGGCAGAAGACCAGAUCGCUCUGUUGAAGUCGAGUGCCAUCGAGAUCAUCAUGCUGCGUUCAAACCAGUCGUUCAACCUGGAGGACAUGUCCUGGAGCUGCGGAGGACCCGACUUCAAGUACUGCGUCACUGAUGUCACAAAGGCCGGUCACACUCUGGAGCUAUUGGAGCCGCUGGUGAAGUUCCAGGUCGGUCUGAAGAAACUCAACCUGCACGAGGAGGAGCAUGUGCUGCUCAUGGCCAUCUGCCUGCUCUCCCCAGAUCGUCCCGGCGUCCAGGACCACGGGCGCAUUGAGCAGCUCCAGGACCACCUGUCUGAGACCCUGCAGGCCUACAUCCGGGUCAACCAUCCGGGCGGGCGCCUCCUCUACGCCAAAAUGAUCCAGAAGCUGGCCGACCUGCGCAGCCUGAAUGAGGAGCACUCCAAGCAGUACCGCUCGCUCUCCUUCCAGCCCGAGCACAGCAUGCAGCUCACCCCGCUGGUGCUGGAAGUGUUUGGCAGUGAGGUGUCAUAGCAGAGGAGGAGAGGCGCACACACACAGGAUGAUUUAACAACCCAAACCGCCUUUUUCCCCCAGCCCUGAUAAACCUGGACAUGUGGGAGAACGAAGGAUAAUCACCUCUUCAUAAUCUGCUCAUCCUCCUCCUCCUGCUUCUCGUCCUCCUUCUCCUCCUCCUCCGCAUCUCUGGACCUCAAGCAGCAGACACCUGGACCUCUGGAUUAAUGGAUUUCAGACACCAUGAAAUGUUUCUGCAGUACUUGGAUAACCGGAUGAUCUCUGACCUCUGGAUUUGAAAACACAGUGCUGCAUUAAAUUUCAUUACAUCCAGAUCCCUUCUACCGGAAACAUAAAACAAAAACAACACCUUUAUCAUCACCACCUCGGAACCCUACCGCUGGACUCCUGCCUUUUUUUUUUUUUUUUUUUUUUACAGUGAUGACAGCUCGACGGAUGUGACUUCCACAUCCUUUAAUACCAUCAACCUCAUAACAUUGUUCCAUGUUCACACCGUCGCGGUGACUGACAGGAAUAGUCUCAGAUUUACUUCUUUUAACCAUGCUGCCACGCGUGAGGUACAGAUAUAUUUCUAGCCAUAUUACUUCACCAGUGUUAGACAGCUAUAAACAUUUACAGAUUUUUUAACAGCAAAGACAUCCAAAUAUAUAUAAUAGAUCUACUUAGCCAGCAAAGGAGCAAGCUUCAGAAAAGGCAUGGAAAUAAAACUUCAAUUUACUUUGUUAAGAUGGGAGUCUAGCAGGUGCGUUUUCAUGCCCUGUGUUUCAGUGUUUUGUGCAAACUUAAGAGAGGUUUCAGACAGUCAGCUGAAGCUUAUGUUGGAGUGUUUUAGUGUAAAAAAAUAAAGGAAGGGAAGGAAAAGGAGACGUGGAGGAAAAAGAGUAAAGGAGGUAGGAUGGAUGGAGAGGAAAUGCUACGGUUUGAGUUCCCUGAGGGGAAUUUCACAAAGCAAGAAUGUAUGUAUAAUGCUAUAUAAAUAUAAAUGAUACGUAUAAGCUGAUAUAUAUAUAUAUAUAAAUAUAUAUAUAAAUAUAUAUAUAUUUAAGAGAGUGGUUGCUUCUGAGAAAGCAAAACAGUUCUGAGUGUUGUAUAAUGUAUAAGAUAUGAAGGCGCCUCCUCAGCUGUGUGUGUGUGUGUGUGUGUGUGUGUGUGUGUGUCCUCUUUUAAACGACACACACACAAACACACACACACACACACACACACACACACACACACACACACACACACACACAUUAGAGCGCACUGAGAAGCGUGCGAGGAGUCCUUCUAAUUUUGGUGAUGUGUGUACAGUUUAUGAGAAUAUUGAUGGACCACAAGGGGGUGUGUGUACAGGCUCUGGCGGAGGGUUCAGUGCAGGGAAGCACCUCUCUGUUGAUGUUUUAUAGUCGUGCGUGGACCUGUGAAGUUUGUAGACUGACAUGCGCAAACACAACGUCACGUUUUAAGCCGAUGGUAAUUAUCCAAAACGAAGCGUUUGUUUCGGCUGCUUAGAUUUGCUGCUAAGACAGUUUAGAGCUUGAUAGUUGGACAGAAGCCAACUACCCGGCUGUUGCCUCAGGGAAAAAGUUUGUCUGGUGUAGUGUACUUGGUGUUUAUGGUGUGUGUGGCGUAAGCUUACAAUCAGAAGACAGAGAUUGUUUUUGAAGCUCUAUAUAGGCAUCACUGUGAUUUCUAAUCAAUACAAAAUAACAGCAUACGUAAGCUAACGGUGGAACCUUUUUUCAAAUGAUUACUAAAGAUAUUCAUUCCUGAGCUUAUCUGUUUGUAUUUAACUCAUUUUAAGAAACAGGUUGCAUGAGCAUAUUUGGACGUUAUCGUUAAAUUUAAAAGUCCCCUAUUAAAUGCUUUAGAGAACAGAUACUUACAUUUUAUUAUCAUCAUAAGCUUCGUUUCGUUUCAGGUCAAAGAAACUAUUCUACAGAUGGUAGCGCUGUACAGUAGUGAACAGUAUAUAGGAGCAUCUAGUGUUGGUCGAAUGAAAUCCUUCUGAUGCUCUAAACGGAGAGUUUGUAAACCGAGAAAGAAACUUUUUUUUAUACUCAAUAUAAAAAAAAAAUCAAGCCUCAUACUUUAUAGUCACAGUUAUAUAAUUUCAACACCAGCUACAUAAGCGAGGUUUUUAGGAUCUUACAUUUCAACAUCACUACAUAUCAUAUCAUAACCUUUCUGUCGACACAUUGCAUGCUCACCCCCUCACGCAGGCCUGGAUCGCCCCCUUGUGGACAAACUUUGUAAAUACCACUUGCUACGUCUGUACAUAGUUAGAGAUUAAUGUAGGCAAAAUACGAGAAUUCAGAUGUUGAUGGCAAGAUGCUCUGGAGAUACAGCACUAUAUGCAAAUUAGGAGAUGGACUCCUGUGUUUUAUUCAACUAUUACGGGACCUUAGGUUCAACUCCUGGUGAAACAUCUGACUUGUUCUUGGGCGCCCAGUAGAAGACUGCUGGAUUUGGGUUUGACCAGUUUGGCUUUUUUAAAAGCUGACGUUCAGUACAUGAGACAUCUGAUCACAGAUCAAGGCUCGGUCAGAAUUGCAAUUCAUUCCUCCUGUGUCAAUGUAGCUGCCCCACUUCCUUUUGGGGACUAAAGAAACAAUCAAUCUUUAAUUUAAGUAUAGCACCCAUUCAUAACACAUGCUAUCUUUACACUGCUUUACAAAAAGCAGUGAAGAAGUAGUCAUUCCUCGAAAUGCCCCCGACCACAAAUCUGAAGAAAACUCAAAAAGAGGACUGAAAGAAAAAGCAGCAGAAUGCUUUUCAAUCUGAGGAGGUGUAACAUUGAACAUGGCUUCUUCUGCAGUGAAGGUAGCCCCUAUUUUUACAACUAAUUAUGUAAAAUCAUGCAUGGUGUGUCCCUUCUCCAAGGUGAAGAUUUAAACACCUAACUCUUGCAUCGUCUAAAGGUGCCUUGCUAGUUGCAGGCACCUAAAGAGCCCUGAGAGGGGGGAUGUAAGGAUUGGGUUCAACACUCAGUAAACAACUUUGGAAAAGGGGGCACUACCACACUUGCCGUUGUUGUCACUUUUUAAAGAGCCAGACUUGGUCACACUCUGUUAUCGACGAUGCUCGUCUUCUCUCUUGCAAUGAUGAGACUCUGGUGUUGUGAUUGCAAAGGCUUUAUGUGACUGAACAUUCCCGGUGGUGGUCUCGUUGAGUGUUUCCAGCCAGCUGAGACCCCGUGCACGAUCUAAACUCAAAAAAACAUCAGUCUGAGCAUCUUUGACUCUGCAGCAGGUUUUCUACAGGCACCCAACAGCUCAACCAGAAGUGUCCUCUGUGUCCCUUUCAAGCUUAUGGAUGUACAUCUUCUCUCUUUCUCUCUUUUUCUGAAGUCUAUCGAAAAGCUUUUGACAAUUAUACAGUGUACCCAUUAUAUCUUCAUUUUGGUGAUUUUAUUUUAUUUUUUUCACUCAAUUUUCAUUUUUUUCUUUUCAAGAUUGUCGAUAUUAAUGCGUGUCAGAGUUUGCUGUCUAGCUAGCGCUUUGCUUUCUGCGCUGGAACGUCAUUUAAAAUGAAGCAGAGACGAGCGCGGUGGACUCCUGGAGCCUUUUCCAAACGCAAAUGAUCGAGAUCCCCUUCCCCCUUUUUUAUGGACUGAAUACAGAACAGCCCCCUUUUUAACCAGUGGCGUGGCUUCACUCUUUGUUCAGACAAGGAAGCUCAGUGGCAACCAAUCACCUUCCUGUUUGUUAAGGGAGGAAAACACCUGGAGUUGUAAUCUGAGGGGAAGGGGAAACGGCGGAGCUGAAUCUCUUCAUUUUCAAUGGAAAGGCGGUCAUCAGCUCUGUAAAAAAAAAAAGUAAAGAAAAAAACCCCGCUACAUCUGCUUUUCCAGAAGCAGGAUGUCCCAACACAAUCAAGUGAUCGUGAAUUAACACUGCCUCACAUGACUGACACGGGAUUCAGCCAGUGGCAUCCGCGACAGCAUGGGCGUGCCUCUACAUUCAUCACUCAACCAUCUAACCGCCUCCUUUUCUGCAAUAGCCAACUACAGCAGGAUUACUCUCCAUAGCUUUAACUCAGCAGCCAUUCAGGCUCUGCUUCUUUGGAAGGAAAAAAGAAACUCAAAAAAACAACAACAACUCACCAAGGGCUGAUAGUAGGAGUCGCAGAUUUAGCUGCUUCAGAAUGGGACGUGUCACUUUACUGUGAAAUGGACAAUGCAGGAAUAGCUCCUUUUUUUUUUGCCUCCCAGGAUGAAAAAAAAAAAGUUUUGGAUUGGACCUCAAGAAGACUGUGUAGAUCUGUAUAGAGAAAUCUUAGGAGAAAAUGUAUUUUUAAAAAGAAGAUUUGCCACAUGGGGACGUAGUGACGGUCUGUACAGGGCGGUGUGUGCAGUGACUGACGAUGACAUGUCGCCUCCUAAACCCAAAGUGUGACAUUUACCUUUCUCACAACUCGGUGUCUUGCAUUGCAGCUCUUGGAACUUUUUUUUUUUUUGGUUGUUGUUGUUGUUGUUAAGCAAUCAUCAUUUUGUUUUAGGAAUAGUUUUUGAACUACAUAAAAAAAGGAGACUUUUUUACAUUUAACUUCAACUUCUACAUUAUCUGUUUGAAAAGGAAUGCAGGACAGAGGGGGGACGACGGAGAGGCUGCGCCGUUCUUUUUUUAAUUUUUUUAACGGUUCUGAGAAGUUCCCUCCAGAUUAAAAAAAAGGCCAUGUUUCUUUCCUUUCACAUUGGGAAUAAACGUGGCUUCACGAUAGAUCUGGCCUCACAAACUUGAACACUAACUUACAGUAGGUGUGUGAGUUUUGUGAGAGGGUUCAUUAGCGAUCAAAUGAACCGAAACAAGGCGGCUGUCUCUCCCCUCUCUCCCCCCCUCGUCCCCUCAACCCAGGUCAGCAGCUCCACCUCAGUAGCCUUACUUACAAAACCUCACUCAGCUGGAAACAUUUAACAGAUACCUCAGUAAUCAUUUACAGGAUGACUUGUUUUACAAUAGCCUUUAAGGGAACCAAACAUAAACCCACAACAUACACAGAAAAACGACUUCCAUCUCCUCAGCGACCUCCGCAGUGUUUUCUAUCUUUACCACAGUUAACUAGAUGCCAGUUUUUUUAGAAAAAAAAGAGGAAGGUUGUCGGUUAGAAUCCUCUUGCCAGUAGACCAGUCAGUAUAUGAGUGGAUCCCAAUGGUUCUCGAUGUUUCUAACUCUCACUCUGUGUGUCGUUCUGCUCUACUCACCUCGACCCUCAUCGCUGCCUCAUUCUGUGUUUUUUCUGUCUGUGUUGUCUCUGCGAACAGACGACGUGCCGCCAAGCUUCGGCUCUGCGUUUUUAACCCAACAUACUACCUCUCCCUUCCGCACAUAUAUACUCAGUGUGUGUGCGUGUGUGUGUGUGUGUGUGUGUGUGUGUGUGUGUGCGUGUGUAAAAACACACAUGUUUAGUUGCAGCAUGAUUGUGUUUAACACUUACUUAGGAAGGUUUUUGUUUAUAUGUACAGUCUUUUCCUUUUUUAACGAUUUUCAAAUGCUGGAUGAUUUUUUCUUUUUUUAAAUCUCAAAUCUUAGUAAAAGUCAGUAAAAAGAGAGAGAGGCCUCGUCAGUAUCAUGUCACCACUCAGGUGUGUAAAUGUGUGAAGCUACAUUCACAUAACUUUUAUGAUAACACAAAGUUCUUGAAGUGUGUAGGUGACACAUUUGUGGGAACACAGACCCCCUAAAGAAGCUUCAGAGUUAAGGUAGCUUUGCUCACCUGGCUCGAGCAUACAGGAAAAGGAGACGCAGUUAAAAGAAAGACAGGUUUGGGUAGUUCGCUUACAGAUGCAACUGAAGCAUCCUGUAGCUGGAUAAAGUGUUUGCUCUUUGGACGCGUUUGUUUCUCAAAACCAAGUGUAUUCACCUGGUUCAGAUUCAACAAUGAGUGAAACAAACAACUUCAAAAUAAGCCGAGAGGGAAAGGGGACUUUAUGUGAACUACAGUUUCCUUACAGAGUUGAAUAAGAAAUUGAUCCCACUCUCAUGUCUGACCAUUAAAAAAGUAUCUAAUGGUGCGAGAAUGUUAGCGGAGCGAGAGCAGCAACUUCAGGAAAAAUAAUUAAAAGCACUUCUUGUUGUUUUUUUUUAAUUGAAUUUGUUAUAAAAUGAGUUCUGUAGAGCAGAUUGUGUUAACUACACAAUCGUCCAGGCUAGCUGUUUUAUGCUAAGCUAAGCUAACCUACUCUCUGAAUUUAGCUGCAUAAUAAACACGGAGACAUGAAAGUGACAUUUUGCUCCUCAGAGGAACAGUCAGCGGUUGUGGAAUAAGCUAUUUAAAGACGAUAAUGACACUAAACUCACGUGAGAUGAUGCUGAAUCUUAACCAGAGCAGGUUAGGGAAUAUAGAAAUAUUUUAAUAAAAGAAAAUUGAAGGAGACGUUCGAGUUCAUCGAGCACAUUUUUGUCAGAAAAUACUAAAAGAAAAUUUUAAAAAAAGAGAAGAUAAUGUCUUGUUUUCAGUCUGUUAUAUGAAUUUAGCAUGAACCUGCAGCGUGCACACUAAGUCGUUUGGACUCCGGCGGAACAGGAAGCUCCUCCUUAAGAUCGGGAACACCUUUAAAUUAUUUUUGAUACUACUAAACUAGCAGCUGUUUUGACGAUGUCAUCAGCUUUGACCAGAAGACGACUUGACUCGGUGACUCGGUUAUUCUUCUGGAGGUCAGGGUGCUCGAUGGUGAUGCACCGUCACAAACAUCUUAAUCAGACCAGAGCGACCAUUUUCAGAUUAACUCGUCCGCUCAGCGACAAAGAGUUAGAAAGAGUUAGAGAGAAAAAUACUGACUUAGAUAAUAAGGAUGUUUGUUCGACUCUGAUACUACGCAGUAUGUGUGGCCCCCUCAGUCUGCUUCGUUUGUCUCUGACUCUAGCUUUUCCUCAAACCUCUGAAAAGGCUUUCUAACAUUGGGAUCCCAUUUUUAGAUAGUCUAGAGAUACAAGUAGUGUUUUUUUCUGCUCCACAGCUUGCUGAGUCUCUCUCACACACACACACACACACACACACACCUGCUCCAGCUCAACCGCGGCACUCUGCCUUCUUCACUCUGCUUCCGAGUCCUUCAUCGGUCCGCUGCUUUCACUCUGCUUUCAUGAAAACCAGGCCUUUUAAAAGACAUGCUGUGAAUGACACGACAAGCCUUUAGUGAUCACUUUUUGUAUCGUAUGGACUAAUGAAUCACAUUUCAGCUCACAGCAUGUGCAAGUUCACUCUCUGCUCAGUUUGUAUUGCAAUCAGCUGAUGACGACGAUGAUGAUGAUGAUGGAAAGCUUUGAGCCGUUAUGGAAAUAGAAAAGUUUCAUUUCAUAAAUGUGACGUGUUUUAUUACCUUUUGGCUAGAAAAAAAAAGUGACUUAAUUUGUCAGAAUGAAACUCGUUUGUCUGAUGAAGUAAAAAAAAAAAAAAAAUGUAUUGGACUUAAGUGAAGUGAUUCCUGAAAUAUGAAAUGAGAAUAAUCUGGCUAACCCUAAUAGCCACAUUAUUCCAAAACAUCAAAUGUUAGUCUGUCCUCAGGAAUAGUCGAGUUAUUUUAACACCUUCAUAGAGGAAGGUCCGAGCAGUUCGUGGAUUGUUGAAGUAGAUCUCUUCAGCCGUCAGCCGCGAUGAAGGCUGUCUUUAACGUUGUUUAAUCCUUAGUGGCAAACGUAAAAGUAUUCCAAUAAAAUAUUGAUUGUGAUUUUACAAAGCCAGAAAAUAAUAAAGACAACAGUUCAUUAGUUAUUCUUCCUUUAAGAACAUGGGGGGGAUGGUGUUCUACCUUUUCUCUGAUUGGUCAGUUUGUUAUUGUAAUCCUGAUCUGUUCGGAUUUAUGGAGCGUUUGUCUGACAUAUUUUAACACUACUCUACUCUAACACUGAACAAGUGAACUGAUUGAAUCGAAGGUAGACAACCAACCCCUGUAAUAGACUCGGUCAAAUUAUUAUUCCUCCCUAUGAAAUCUGGAGCCUUCAUUUUGAGAGCAGCGAUGUGAUGUCCGUUUCUUGUUAAAGAGAAAUCAAAAUGUUUUUCUCCAUGUGAGGAUCUUUUCUGUGAUAGUAAGUCAACCUCUCCCGAAUAGCAUUACAUUUUUAGAGGAGUACUGUGUCGCUACUGCCAGCGCUGGGGAUCUACUGCAACAACUCCAAACCAAUCCCAAAGUACAAGUUUAAUAAGAAAAAGAAACAUGUUGACAUAGAGCUCGUGUUCAGAAUGAUUUCCUCCUCAAAGGUCAAAUGUCUGGACCCUUAGGAGAGCGGGUAGACAGGAAGCGGGCUUUUCUACUGUCCUGACGGGUGAUUGGCCGUCAUUCAGGAUUGUUGUUCAUCUGUUGUUCUGAUUGCAUUUCUCUGCUACCUCUUUAAAUAUGCGCUUGCUCACACAUACACACACACA